AUGAUCGUACUGAAUGACCGCAUCGGCUCUGCGUUCUACACCACCAAAAACAAUGCCAACACGCUCGACACAUUCUUCUCAACCGAAGCCGGUCAACUAGGCGUUUUCAUCAACCAAGUCCCAUUCUUCUUUUUCGCCCCCUCGGAGCCCGUAGGCCGCACAGUCUUCGACGUAUCCAAUGUAACAGAACUGGCAUCUGUGUCCAUUCUCUACGCACAUCAGGACAUGAAACCCGAGCUUUUUCAGGCUGCCUACGAAGCCGGUGCCCAGGGCAUCGUCUACGCGGGUGUAGGUGCGGGAGGUGUGUCUAGUAAAGCGAGCUUAGCUGCCGAAGCUCUGCACAAUACGACGGGUAUCCCGAUUGUAGCUAGUCAUCGGAGUGCAGACGCUAUCAUGUCUAACGACAUCGCCUCGAACCGAUCCGGUCUCAAAGAGUUUAUUGGCUCCAUAGCAACUAUUUCGGGAGAUCUUUCGAACAUCACAGUGCCGCCGUUCGUACUAGCAGAGAACUCAACUGUCGAGAUUCCACAAUACUGGGCUGACCAUCCAUAUCUAUGGGCUUCCCCGGCAUCAGAAGAGAAUCCCGAGAAGCGAGCGCUGCUCGUAUUGAAGAACUUCUUGGGCUCCUUACGUGGCCAGCAAUAUGCAGGGCGCGAUGAAGCUGAUGGUGUCAAGAAACCCUUGAACGCCUUCCUUGGCGAAAUGUUCCUUGGAAGUUGGAAUAGUGAGGAGCUUGGAGAGACAAGACUAAUUUCUGAGCAAGUUGGUCAUCAUCCACCGGUCACGGCAUGUUAUCUAUGGAACAAUAAGAUGGGUAUCCGAGCCGAGGGGUUUACGCAACAAGAGAUUACGUUUUCGGGGAGUGUGAGUAUUAAGCAAAAGGGAUAUGCCAUUGUACAUGUCGACAAGUAUGACGAGGAUUAUUUACUUCCCUUGCCAAACAUUAAAGUCAAGGGUCUGCUAGGAGGCACUCCUCACCCAGAAUUGGACGGGGAGUACUCUCUCAUCUCAUCCAAUGGAUACAUAUCGCACAUCAAAUUUGAGGGCAAAUCACUCUUCGGAUCCGGCCAUAAGAAUAGCUUCAGGGCACGCUUCUUCCACGCCGAUCAUCCGGAUGAUACGAUUUACACAAUUGAGGGCGCUUGGAACAGUACUUUCACUAUCAAGGAUGCACGCAGCGGCACGGACAUUGAAACUUUUGAUGUGCGAGCUAUCAAACAAGAACGUAUGAUCGUACCCCCUCUCUCAGAACAAGACCCCUGGGAGAGCAGGAAAGCCUGGAACGGCGUCAUCUCCGCAUUACGUAGCAGCAAUAUGAAGGGUGUAUCGACGGCCAAAAACGCACUCGAAAAUGGACAGCGACAGAUGCGCAAAGACGAAGAAGCCCGCGGAGCAACUUUCAGUCCCAUCUUCUUCACCAGAGUCGACCGGGAUCAGGUCUUUGACAAAUUAGUCCAACAUGACCCCAUUGGAUACACCGUUGACCCCGAGGGCGGCAUAUGGAAGGUGGACCGGGACGCUGCCGAGCACAAGACGCGGCCUUUCCACGCUGGUCUCACGCCUGCAAACGAAAAAACGGGAAUAUCCAACGGGGACUCGCAGUGUGAUAGGAGAGAGCAAAACGCAAAUUCACAACAUCGUGGGGCCGCGCACACGGCAGGUACUCAUAGCCCAAACGGUCACGUGCCGAAUGGUGGCCCAGUGCAACAAAUCCCGGAAAUAAACCAGCCACAUGAGCGAAACCCUGAGAACUCGGCACUUCAGCGUACUAAACCGGCACCAGGAACGCAAGAAGUCAAUGCGUUUGAGCCGUCGAAUGAGCAAAUCGAAAACUUCUUACGUAGCAGGACGGGCAAUGUUGGGUGA